ACGGAACGGACGGGCAGGUGUGGGCGCGGGGCCGCGCGGCCGGCCGGCGGGAGUGGCGGUCGCCCGGUGCGUGGGCCAGUGAGGGCGCGCGGAGAGCCCCCGGCCGCGGCGGAGGCGGAGCGGCGCGGCAGCCAGGCGCUGCCCGCGACCCUGCGUCCGAGCGAGCGGACCCUGCGCUUCGCCCGGGGACGGUCCGAAGUCCGCGCUAUGGAAGAGGAGAAAUAUUUGCCUGAGCUGAUGGCAGAGAAAGAUAGCCUGGAUCCAUCUUUUGUGCAUGCCUCGCGCCUUUUGGCGGAAGAAAUUGAAAAAUUUCAAGGUUCUGAUGGAAAAAAGGAAGAUGAAGAAAAGAAGUAUCUUGAUGUUAUCAGCAACAAAAACAUAAAGCUCUCAGAAAGGGUAUUGAUUCCUGUCAAACAGUAUCCAAAGUUCAAUUUUGUGGGAAAAUUGCUUGGACCAAGAGGAAACUCCUUGAAGAGGCUACAGGAAGAAACAGGUGCUAAAAUGUCUAUCCUGGGCAAAGGAUCAAUGAGAGAUAAAGCGAAGGAAGAAGAACUAAGGAAGAGUGGGGAAGCCAAAUAUGCCCACUUGAGUGAUGAACUUCACGUAUUAAUUGAAGUGUUUGCGCCACCUGGGGAAGCUUAUUCACGUAUGAGUCAUGCAUUGGAAGAGAUUAAAAAAUUUCUGGUUCCUGACUACAAUGAUGAAAUUCGUCAGGAACAACUACGUGAAUUAUCUUACUUAAAUGGCUCAGAGGACUCUGGUCGUGGCAGAGGUAUUAGAGGCAGAGGGAUCAGAAUAGCUCCCACAACUCCUUCAAGGGGCCGUGGGGGUGCCAUUCCUCCUCCCCCACCACCUGGACGAGCUGUUCUCACCCCUCGAGGGACCACUGUGACCCGUGGAGCUCUUCCAGUGCCCCCUGUAGCAAGAGGUGUCCCUACCCCCCGAGCCAGGGGGGCACCAACAGUGCCAGGAUACAGGGCACCCCCUCCUCCAGCCCACGAGACAUAUGAAGAAUAUAUGCUGACUGGCUGGCUGUCUCUGAGUCCAAAUCUAGAUCCCCCGGCGAGAGAAUCGGGUUCACCCAGGCUUGUCAGGUGUCUAACACCAGUCAGCUAUGACUACUGGGCGGGAGUUUCUGGAAAUUGGAUCUGGGAUCUACCACUCAUCAGCCACCAAUGGUGAGGGGAGUGUAGGAGGGAAGCUCACACAAAAUAAACAUGGUUAUUGGGGACCCAACCCCUAGGAUAAUAUGGGGAGAACUAGUUUCUAGGGAUGGAGAAGAUAUUAUGAACUUGGCAGAUAUCACAAAAUAUAUCUACAAUAACGUACUGUUGAUUACAGGAAAAAAUAGAUGCUGUUUUAUAGAACUCUUUUAUGUCAUAUGUUAUUAAAACCUGUCAUAUGUCAUAUUUUAACUUUUUUCCUAAAAACAAUCCAUUGAGUCAUACAAAGUUGAAUACAUGACUGAGAAGCUGCUGAAAGCAAUCUUUGAAGUCUCAAUACCAAACCCAGAUUAACACUCGAGAGCCUCUACUCUCUGUUCUGAUUUUAAACUAUUGAUUCCUCUGCACGCGGUAAGAAAAACAGAAGUUUAAGUGUCUCAGUAACAAAAUAAUAGCACCAGGCUGGGUUGAUGGCGAAAAUCUCAGAGGAGGUCUUAACUUUCAGAUAAAAUUUCUUGGAAAAGUUUCCCUUUAUUAUAAAGGACACUUGGAGGCAAUUCGCUCUUCAGACUUCUUUCCCCCCUGCCGAGUCCCAGCAUUGAGUUUCUGACUACACAGAAUGUAUAUAGGUAAUCAAAUCCACUCCUUGCUCCUUGCCUGAGAAGAAACAGCUUACUGUAAAUGCUGUUUAAAACCAUCAUUUGUGUUAGCCGAGUUUUAAAAGAAAAAUGUGAAUUUUAGUUUGUUACACAUCUUAAUCCAUACUUUAAAUAUUUUAAAGCUUCUUUUUGCUGACCUUUUGCUAAGAAGAAUAUAUAUACAUUUUACAGAUCCGUCAUCAUGAUUGAAGUAGAUUUGGGGAAUGGAAAAGUAGAUUUUUAAAAAACUCCCACGCAACAACUAUGAAGCUGAUCAGCUCAAUCAGUGGAUCAUAAAUGAAAAGAGAGUGAACUAAAACUUAAACUUCUGAAUACCUACUGGGGUUCAGUCACUGUAUAUUAAUUCACUUAAUCUCAUGAUAACACCACCAACAAGUUACUGAUGAAUCAUUUUAGUAGAUGAGGACACUGAAGCUUGGAAUUGAGACUUGCACCCAGUUUUCUGUCUGCAAAACCUCUGUAUCUUUGUCACCAUAAAAUAUCCUGCAUAGUACUUGUCUCAGAGAACUCACACACAUACAUACAGAUCAUUUGUACUUCAUGCCUCUCAUCCAGACCACUAGUCAGUGUUUGAAUCCCCUUAACAAUAUUUAGGACAUCUCCCAGCCCCUGCAUGAACACCUCUAACGACAGAGCACUCAAUACCUCCAGAAACUAGGUGCUGGAAAUAUAAAAUCUGUGAUUAAGGAGACACUGCCUCUGCUCUCAAAAGCAUGCCAUCUAGUGGGAGAGACAGAGAAUCAAACAAUUAGCAUAUAGUACUGUAAUUGCGAUAUAGGGCUCUUAUCUUCUCUACCUUCUAUUAGAAGUAAUUUUUGCUCUUAUCUUCUCCCACUUACAAGAUUUAAACAUCCUAAAAGCAGAAAGUGUUUCUUAAAUUUAUUUUAUCUUUGCACUUCUAAGUAAAGUUCUUGAUAAUAGCAGUUGAAUUGAACCUACUUAUGAUAUUGUUGGAAAGACAUUAUACAUUUGCACACUUUCAUGCAUACACAUAUUUUAUAUAAAUAUGAAGUGAAUGACAUUACAACAGAGCAUAUAUUAAGUGUCAAAUGGAGACUAUACCUGCUCGAGUAAAGGGAGUUAUCAUUAUUGCUGUGGGUGUUUUAGAAAACUUCUAAGAGGCUAAGGAAAACAGCAAGAGCAGACCAUGAAUAAGUAUAACUUCAAGAAAUAGUGAGAAGAGGGAAGAAGCUCCACGCAAAAGGGAUGAUAAGUGGGAAGGCAAGAAGACGGACCUUUCAAGGCACAUCUAAAGAAACUGGGAGAAGAACUUGGGGAAACAGUUCACUUAAGACAGCAGUGGAAAUAAUAUGGGAUCACAGAUGACCUCCAAGGCUGAGGUUAUAACUUCACUGGUUGUGAAAAAAUGCCACCUGAAGGUUUUUGAACAGAAGAUAAACUAAGGUUUGGGGAGAUUUUAUAAUUCUCAGUGGUUUAGGGUAGAUUGGAGAAUAGACAGAAGAAAGAAGAGAAGAUUUAGGGGAUCAACAAUAAUGAGGCUUACUGAGAUGUGGCCUUGGCUAUGAGCAUAGGAAUGGGAUUGAAAGUUUCAAGGCCAGAGAUAACCCUGAAGUUGGAAACAAUGGGGUCUGAUGACAAGUGGCUGUGAGAGAAGUAAGAGAAAGCAAUCAAGGCUCAUUCCAAGAUAUGUUUGUAGAUGGGGAGGGGUGGGCAGUGAAGGAUUGACAUUGAUGCUAAAGAAGCUCCUUUCCAAGGCUCUGGGAGGAGCCUCAACAUGCUCACAGGAUCAUAUCUCUUUAUUGCAAAAGUAAGGUAUUUUACCUGCAAUCAGUUGAGGUCACUUCUCCACCUGUCACACUUCCCCUUGGUCAGGUGGUAUUAGAGUGGGCAAGGCUGUUUGCGAGAUCCUGCUAAGGAGAGUUUGUGUUGGAGAUUCAUUUAAUUUGGGUUUAGUGGAAUAUUUUUAUUUGUAUGAUUUAGGUAUUUGCUAACAUUCUGUUGGAGAAAUGAUUCCAGGAGUGCUCUUCCCUUCUCACCAGUGUCAUGACACAAGUAUUCAUGGACGGAGGUCUGACUGCUCUUUGAUUGUGAACUCUGCCUCUGGCACUGGUGCUGGAAGUGUGUGGUUGGUGAUGGAGGAACAAGGUUUGAAUUGUAUUGGGCCAGAUCUAUUCUGUUGGAAAGUCUUCCGUAUCAUUCAGCUCAGCUAUGAAAGAAACUUGACACAUAAAAAGUGAUCUAUAAGUACUACAUACGUCGUACAAAAAUUAGAUCUUUAUUUCUUACUAUGAUAGCUCUGUCUUUGUUCGCCACUGAAUAAAACAAGUGGAAUCAUUUAUUCAAAAAAAAUAAAAAAAAAAGAAACGUGAUAGAGGUGUCCCCAGAUUUGACGGUAAUCCUAACAGCCUACAACAUAAACGGUAAUGAAUUGUGAAACUAAAGAAACUUUCCAAAACUACCAAUAAUAACAAAACUUUCUAUCAACCAUGCUAGAGAAAAAAACUGAAUUUCCUCUCCUCUCUAUAGAAAAUAUUAUAAAAUCAUUGUCAUAUUGGAGAUGAUCAAAAAUUAUGCCUUCAAAAAAUAGGAAAAAAUAGUAUAGGGGUGUAUCAGGAAGUUAGUUAAUAAAAGUACUAUAUCAUUUUCUGGA